GGGCCUGGACUCGGUGCUUGUUUACGCCGCCAUUCUCGGCAGCGUUUCGGGGAAAUGGCGCAAGGCAGGAACAGCGGCCGCGCCUGCCCCCGGGACAGGAGGCGCCUCCGUGCGUAUAUAGCCUGGGCCGGCCUGGGGCCCGCAGCUCGGCUGCGGGGCGGUCACCCGGCGGGACAGGCACAACGUAGGCAGAGGAGGCUGUAACACUACAUUACGGGACUUACUUAUUGACAUAUAUUUUUUGGAAUGAAAUAGAAAGCAACAUAGAAAAGGUGCAAUUAUUUAUAAGUUAUGACAGUUCAUUUAUCCUUGGAUGCAUAUUUAUUCUUUUUGAUUAACCCAAAAAAUCUUUGGUGGAAGCAGAGAAACAAAUACCUGUGUUUCUGUAGACCUAAAUCCUGCUGGAGGCUAAAUCAUGCUGUACACCUGAGAGUCUUUCAUACAAGUCAGCCUUGGUGUAAGUGGGCCAGAAGCAGAACAUUUUGGUAUAACAAGUACAUUUGUAGCCAUGAGUUUUUAUACUACAGAGUUUCCAAACUAUUAACUUCUUCUUCUAAAGGACUUACAAGGGUGAGCAUUCGCAUGUCACGAAUUAAGAAUACUAUAGAAUCUGUUUCGAAGGCAGUGUCUGGCACUCACAGUGAGCUGGUGUCACGGAUAGCUCGAUUAAAGUCCCACUCGGGUAUUUCGGGUAAAGCAAAUAAAAGUAGUGCAGAUGCAAAUAAGAUCAGCACAAAUCUAGAAAAUGAUAAGCAAGUUACAGAUGUCAGAACUCAGGACGAUUGCAACAGAGGCCCAGCUGCAAAGAAAUCCACUUGUGCAAGCGAAAACUUGGAACCUGUGUUAGUAAGUUCAAACGGCACUUGUCAAGAUACUCCAGAAGUUUCAGCAUCUACUAAAAACCACCUUUUUCAUGUAAGCUACUUUUCUACAAAUUUUGGAGAGACUUACAACUUCGUAGCUGAUCAUAUCAACUCUUACUUUAAUAAUUCUGUUAUGGAACAAGGAAGAAAAAGGAAUGCAUUAUUACAGGACUCUGAAAGUGAAGAGAGGAAUAAGCUUGGUUCAUCAGCAAAUACUGUAACAAGCGAAGAAAAGAGAGAGAAUUCAGCAGGUACUUUAGCUCCUGAAGCAGAGAUCUUGGGUGCUGAAAAGACAAAUACUGCUCUCCCAGUGUCCACUAAAAAAAGUAUUGCAGACUUUCUUUCAUAUCCCAGUAACAGUGUACAAGCUUUUGUGGACAGCUAUAUUGGUGGGUUGGUUCCAAAGUUAAGAUCUGAUACAAAAGUUGUUUCACCAGAAAAGAGUAAACAGGAGGAACAAGAAGUGUCUGAGAAGAGUGAUGAGGACAAAGUAAAAGAGGCCAAAACUGCAGAAGAGAGGGAGAAGCAUCUGUCUCUUCAGAGAGAAAAGAUCAUUGCAAGAGUGAGUAUUGAUAACAGGACUCGAGCUUUAGUUCAAGCCCUGCGGAGAUCGGCUAAUCUAAAAGUCUGCGUCAACAGGGUUGAAGAACUGACCUGUCAUCUUCUAGAAUUUCCGGAGAGCAGAGGAGUUGCAAUUAAGGAAAAAUUAAUCUCAUACCUGUUGCGACUGAGACAAAUUAAUGAUGAAAGUCUUCAGGCUGCUGUUAGAGAAACGUUAGCUCUGAUUGGCUAUACAGACCCUGUGAAAGGCUGGGGAAUUCGAGUCCUCACCAUUGAUGGAGGAGGAACAAGGGGUUUAGUUGCACUUCAGACUCUACGGAAACUAGAAGAGUUAACUGGAAAGCCGGUUCAUCAACUUUUUGACUACAUCUGCGGCGUAAGCACAGGAGCUAUAUUAGCUUUUAUGUUGGGUUUGUUCCAUAUCCCCCUGGAUGAGUGUGAAGAACUGUACCAUAAGUUAGGAUCAGAUGUUUUUAAGCAGAAUGUCAUUGUUGGAACAGUCAAAAUGGGCUGGAACCACGCCUUUUAUGACAGUGAUAUAUGGGAAAAAAUGCUCAAAGAAAAAAUGGGAUCAAAUCUUAUGAUUGAAACUGCAAGAAAGUCCAGAUGUCCAAAGGUUGCUGCAGUAAGCACCAUUGUAAACAGAGGAACACCACUGAAAGCAUUUGUGUUUAGAAACUACAACCAUUUUCCUGGCAUCAAGUCCCAUUAUAUGGGAGGCUGUCAGUAUAAGCUGUGGCAAGCAAUUAGAGCAUCAUCUGCUGCACCAGGUUACUUCCAGGAAUAUGUUUUGGGCAGUGAUCUUCAUCAGGAUGGAGGUCUGCUCCUAAACAAUCCUUCUGCACUGGCAGUUCAUGAGUGCAAGUGUCUCUGGCCCAAUGUUCCAUUGCAGUGUCUGAUUUCGUUGGGCACUGGUCGGUACGAAAGUGAGGUGAAGACCAAUGUCACACACACCAGUCUGAAAGCCAAACUGACCAAUGUUAUCAACAGUGCAACUGAUACAGAAGAAGUUCACACCAUGCUGGAUGCUCUCUUACCUCCAGACACUUAUUUCAGAUUUAACCCUCUCAUGAAUGAAGACAUACCUCUGGAUGAAAGCCGUAAAGAGAAACUCAAUCAGCUGCAGACAGAUGGCAUUCGUUAUUUAGAACGAAAUGAAGAAAAACUGAGAAAAGCUGCAAAAAUAUUAACACAAGAAAAAUCAGCUUGGCAGAGGUUUCAGGACUGGUUAAAAUUAAAGGCUGACAUGUAUGAAGGCUUGCCGUUUCUUUCCAAAUUGUGAAUAAGUAAUGCAUGAAAGAUAAAUGUAAAUCUUGUUCCAGAAAAUCCAUUUGGUAUUGUAAAGGAAGAACGUUGAUUCAGGGUAAAUAACGUCUUUGGAAAGCUUUUAGAACUCUGGGGAAAGCCACUCAGGAUGGCUGUUUCGUGCACACUCAUCACAAGGUUUUAAGGUGUUAAUUAUUUUUGGAACUCAAUGAAUCUUACUGUUGCUCAACUUUAAUUUCUAAAGUCAGUAAAACUGAAAAUUAUGGAAACAAUUGUGCAAUGCAUUUUUGGAUGUAUGUGCUAUGAUUGUGGCAGAAACCCUUUAUUUAGCAACUACCAGGCUUAUUCAAAGUUAAUUAAAAAAAAAAUCCUCAUUCACUUUAGUGUAGGCAAUAUGCCUGUUAAACUCUUAUGUAGGCAGUGAAUUUAAUUGAAAUGUAAUAUUCUUGCAAAAACUCUGCCUGUGUUAAUUGCACUUUUACAUCUGAAAGAUAACAUUUAAAUUUGUUUUUUUUAUUUUAGUGGAUUUUGUACAUAACAGUAUUGAGUAAAAUGUUUGGAUGACCAUAAAUGGCCUAUUAAAUUAUCAACAUUAACUGGUAUUUUUAGAACUUUCUGCUUAUUGUAUUUAUGGGAAUAACUUCAGAUUGAUUAACUCAUUAUUUGAAAGUAAUCCCAAGCCCCAAAACUUCACUUAAACAGCUAUUCUAGUUACAGGAUAAAUGAAAUAAAAUACUGAAAUAGUUCAUAUGAAUGAGAAAGUUUCUUAGGGAAACUUAAGUUUUGGGGGCCAGACUGGAGGUGUAGUUCUGGUCAAGAAGAAAAUUAGAAGUUGCAACACCAAAUUAUAUAAAUUUCCUUUUGUCUUCCAACUUUCAUAUGUGCAUUCUCCUGAAAUUAUGUCAGGGCUGUGAAGUUAACAUUUAGAACUUAGUCCAGUCCUAUUGCCCAUUCCUUUGGGCAUACUUCCUGCAUAUGCCAUGAGGGAUGCUGUGAGCUGUGACAACCCAGUGUCUCAAGCAGCAUUUUCAACAACAGGAAGGGACGUGGGAGUUCUUCAAAACAAUGCAGUGAUAUUUGAGGUAGACACAGCAGCUUCUGUCACAUGUUGGCACAUACCUGUAAUAAGAUUGUUUGCCAGGUCCCUGGGGAAUGUUUGUCUUGUAGUAGACAGCUACAGUGCAUGAGACUAUUGACUGGAUAAAAUGUAAGUUCUAUGCAGUAGCUAAAUUAUCCAGUUUCACCAAAAUCAGUGCAUUUGUACUUUGCUGUUUGGAACUAAUCACCUGCCAUUAUGUACUAAAAAUAACAUUUAUUGUGAUAGUCACCUUCUGUACUUGUUUUAAACAUUGAAAAUGUUAUUAGGCUGCAGUUCGGAAAGGAACUAUGAGACAGCUGAGAUCCUUGGAGGUGCUACAUCAUAUUCAGAAUGUGCAAGAAAGAAUUUGAUUGGGAUGUUGGUUUUUUUUCCCUUUAAUUUUAUAUAUUUUUAAUUUUGACCUGUGGCAUUUUACUCAGAUAUUCAUCCUUUUCAUCCUGAGUUGUCUCUCUUAUGUUUGCCACAAAAGGCAGACAAUUAUGAUCAUAAUCCAGCUUUCAUUUAUACAGCCUCCCUUUUGCAUUCCAAUUACUAAGAACUGAGUAGAAGAAUAAUGAGAUCAAACCUUUCCCAUAGGUGUGAGAUGAUUUAAGCAUUAAAAAAGAAAUGUCAACAUUAUUCUGAUAGAAGUACUUUGUUCAGAGUCAAACUUUGUUGCACCAUUAGUCAAAACAAACAGUAUCAGGUAGUCUCAUGUAACAGCACACAUUGCACACUUCUCUGGCAAAGAGCAGCCACAGCAUCAUCCAUGAGAUAUCAAAGGCAUUAUUCUGAAUUCCUAAGUUUCCAGUCACAGUUUUUUGGGGCUAGUAUUAUCUAAGGAAACAGGUACCUUUAGUGAACAAAGUGAUAAUGUUGCCCUUUAAUUUUUUAUGUAAAUAAAACCUAAUGUUCUGAGGAUUUUAUUUCAAAUAGGGUAAGAUCUGGAUUCAUGAUGAUACUGUUCUUGCUGGAAGCUGCUGUAAUAUCUUCAUUCACCCC